AUGCCUGGUACCAACCAGUACUUGUCCGUUGCCGGCUGGUGGUUUCUGCCCACGGUCGUGGGAUACAUCCAGUCCUUUCUCUACUCGCUCUUCAUCCGCGCCGGCGAUCCCCGCCCUCAGCCCGGCUCUCCCAAAUUCAUAAGGCACAAGAAGAUCAUCCAAGGUCUGGUAGUUAUCGGCUACCUGGUCUAUUCCAUCUACGAAGCCGACUGGGAGUUGCAACGUGCCGGCAACUUUUACCAAGCCCUUGGAGUCCCGGUCAACGCAACAGAGAAGACCAUAAAUACGAGGUUCCGCAGGCUCACUGUACUACAUCACCCGGACAAGGUCACAUCCGCCGAAGCCCGCCCCGCGGCCGAAAGAUAUUAUGUCUUCCUCAAGCAGGCGCGCGACAUUCUCGUCGACCCGGCUAAGCGCUUCGCAUACGAUCGAUUUGGGCCGGGUAUAGUAGAAUGGAAGCACUGCAUCACGGUACACGAUUUUGUUAUGCACGGUGUGCAGAGCAGUGCCCCGUCAUACCUGGGAGGCGCCUCCGUCAUGAUUAUGUUGGGCAUGCUGGGCUAUUUCCAGCAUGGAAGCUACUGGCGCUACCUCGCAUUCGCUGCCCUCGUCGUCUUUGAGUGCCACACGAUAUCGCGUCCCGACUUCCCGCCCUUACUCACCAAGAUCCUAAACCCGCUCGUCUCCACCCUCCACCUUCACGCGCCUUGGCUACCCUACCAGAUCCUCAGCAUCGUCCGCAAAGGCACCUUCGCCUCCUUUAUCGCCAUGAAUCAGCUUGGGCCCCUGAUGCGAGACCCGAAACGCAACCUGCAGACCCAGGACAACCCCGCCAUGCAGCAGCAACAGCUCGACCGUCUAACCCAGCUGUGCGCCGCCACUGACACGGACGCCCUGCGCCUGCUCGGCGUCGAGACCAUGCCGUUCCAAGGCGAGGAUGGCGAGAAGGAGCUCAAGGCUAAGAUGAAGGGCUGGCUCGUGCAGAACAGCAUCAGGAGCGAUCCGGUUGUCAGGGAUGCCGUGGGUCGCGCUGUGGCGAGGAAGCGCCAAAAUGCGCCGGCGGGCGCGAGAGGGACGACUUAG